CCUCUAAUAACAAAAUUGAAUUAAUUGCAGCUGAGGUAAUGCAUUCCCCUCUAAUAACGCUGGAAACAUUUAUAGUUUAGCACAAAUUGAACUCCCAAUUUUCUAACUUCAGAUUCUUCUAUUUCUCCCAAUCUGUUUCUCCGGCUAGAAGAAUCGAGAUUCAAAUUAGAAAACGUACAUGAAAUUCAUUUAGCAGCUUCAAUAAUCUCAGCCGAGAGAUCAAAAACUGUUGGUGAAGCUAUUGGGAUCGACGUCGACAGUAAAACAUUUGAGAGGAGCGUUUCAAGAAGAAUGCACAGAUUCGAAAAAAUCAACUUCCUCAUACUUGUGGUGCUAUGAGUUUGGCUAAAAGAAGGGAUGCAAUGAAGGCGAUGGGAAAAGCUUUUGAUCGAGGCAAAAUGUGGACUGAGACUCAUAAAAGGAAAGAUGGGAGUUAUGUAACUGAUGAGGCUAGGGUGAUUGGGGAAAGAAUUGAAGAAAUUCGAACUGAAAGAGCAGAAAGUCUUGAUGAACCUUCACCAAAUGAUGCACUUGGCAUAGUAUUCGGUCCUGAGCACCCCGGUUGUGUUCGAGGUUUAGGCUUGGGUGUAGUUCCAACUGUAGCAUUCAAACAAACAUCUGGGAGAUACCGUCGUGGUUAUGUGGGUUCAUCUAGCACUACCGCUCCAACUCCGGCGUGGCAGCAAGAGAUGACAGAUGUGAAAUCAAAAUUAAAUGCACUAAUUAGCUUAUAUGAAAGGAACAUAGAGAAUAUCCCCGAGGAGUUUGCUCACUUAUUUUUCAUUCCUCCACAGGUAUAAGUUCUCUUGCUACAGUAAAAUUUUAGUUACUUG